AUGAAGUACAUCCUGGUUACUGGUGGUGUCAUAUCUGGUAUUGGGAAGGGUAUCAUUGCCAGCAGCGUGGGAACAAUCCUUAAGUCCUGCGGCCUUCACGUCACAGCCAUCAAAAUCGAUCCGUAUAUCAAUAUUGAUGCUGGCACCUUUUCCCCGUAUGAACAUGGUGAAGUUUUUGUUCUUGAUGACGGUGGGGAGGUGGAUCUGGACUUGGGGAACUAUGAGCGUUUCCUUGACAUCCGUCUGACCAGAGACAACAACCUCACCACUGGAAAGAUCUACCAGUCGGUCAUCAACAAGGAGAGGAGGGGAGAUUACCUGGGCAAGACUGUACAGGUGGUACCCCACAUCACAGAUGCAAUCCAGGAGUGGGUAAUGAAGCAGGCCAAGAUCCCAGUAGAUGAGGACGAUGUGGAGCCUCAAGUUUGUGUCAUAGAGCUGGGAGGCACAGUAGGGGACAUUGAGAGCAUGCCCUUCAUUGAGGCCUUCAGACAGUUCCAGUUCAAGGUGAAGAGGGAGAACUUCUGUAACAUCCAUGUCAGCCUGGUACCACAGCCCAAUACGACAGGAGAGCAAAAAACCAAACCGACCCAGAACAGUGUCCGAGAGCUCAGAGGGCUGGGCUUGUCGCCAGAUUUGAUUAUGUGCCGCUGUUCGAUGCCACUAGAAACGGCUGUCAAGGAGAAGAUCUCCAUGUUCUGUCAUGUUGAGCCCACACAGGUGAUCUGUGUUCAAGAUGUCUCCUCAGUCUACAAAGUACCCCUUCUGCUGGAGAACCAGGGUGUUGUGAGCUACUUCUGUCAGCGGCUGAACCUGCAUGUCGAAAUGAAGCCCAGGAAGAUGCUCUCAAAGUGGAAGGAGAUGGCUGACAGAUCUGACCGUCUCUUGGAGCAUGUUUCCAUAGCCCUUGUGGGGAAAUACACAAAAUUAGCUGACUCCUACACCUCUGUUAUCAAGGCCCUAGAGCAUUCAGCCCUUGCCGUUAAUCACAAACUAGAGGUUAAGUACAUAGACUCUGCAGACCUGGAACCUACCACUCUGGAAGAGGAGCCAGUGAAAUACCAUGAGGCCUGGCAAAAACUCUGCAGUUCUCAUGGUGUGUUGGUACCAGGAGGUUUUGGUGUGAGAGGGACAGAAGGCAAGAUGCUGGCUAUUAACUGGGCUAGGAAACAGAAUAAGCCAUUCCUGGGGGUUUGUUUAGGCAUGCAGCUGGCAGUGUGCGAGUUUGCCCGCAAUGUUCUCGGAUGGGAAGACGCCAACUCCACAGAAUUUAAUCCAGAAUCCCAAUACCCUGUGGUGAUUGACAUGCCAGAGCACAACCCAGGGCAGAUGGGUGGCACUAUGAGGUUAGGGAAGAGGCGGACCAUUUUCAAAUCCUCCGCCAGUGUACUGAGAAAACUGUACGGAGAUGUGGACUAUGUUGACGAGAGGCACAGACACAGAUUUGAGGUUAACCCUGAGCUGAAACACCACUUUGAAAAAAAGGGUCUUCAGUUUGUCGGCCAGGAUGUGGAAGGAGAAAGAAUGGAGGUCAUUGAAUUGGAGAAUCAUUGUUACUUUGUUGGAGUCCAGUACCAUCCCGAGUUUACCUCAAGGCCCAUCAAACCUUCUCCUCCAUACUUUGGUCUCCUGCUGGCCGCUGCAGGAAAACUCCAAAGCUACCUGGGCAAGGGUUGUCGCCUUUCUCCACGGGACACUUACAGCAGCAGCAGCGGCAGCAGCUCUCCUGAAGCAGACAUCAGCGAGCUGAAGUUCCCCUCAUUGUCCUGAGACUAAAACACACGUAGUUAUUGGGUUUGUGUGUCACUCAUGCAGGUAAAUGCAAGGCCCAGAAGAAAGCAGGUCUGCCCUUAACUGAUGAUGCACAACCAAACUUUAUUGAACUGUUACACUUGGUACAAUGUGUUGUAAAUUCAUAUUCUAAAUAUAUUCUGCCUUCACUGAUUGUAUAAAGGUAAAGGGAUGUCUUGUGGUUAACUGCAUGGGGCUUUACUUUGGCUGCAGUAAGCAAAAGCUAGAAUAAACAUGGGACAAUUGUAUAAAAAAGACAUUGUGGAAUACCUGUACAGAAAACUGACGUUAAAUGAAAAAGAAAACAGAAUAGGGUGAGACAUGGGUGGAAUGGGUAGACAUCAGUCUCUUAAUAUAUAUAGCAUGUGCAAUGUCUUGCAACUUUAAACUCAUGAUCCUUGGGCAAAAUUGUGAAGAGAUGGAUAGUGUGUUUUGCAGUAUUUCGCAGUAAGAUAGAAAACUAAUGACUAGUUCAGAAUAAGCAGACCGGUUUGCAGGAAGCAACAGUGGCAAAUAGUUAGGGUAGGAUUCAGGGUCUGUGCAAUCGGGUUUCUUCUUGGGGCAGUCAUCCUGCAGAUCAAUCCAAUCCAACGGAUAAAAACACUCCUAAGGAACAUGACUUCAUACGGUUGUUUGCAACUUUUUACCUGUGUUGUGACACUUAGACAUAUCAUUGAUACAUGUACCUCUUUAAAAUGUUUGUCUCUUACAAUUUUAUUUUCUGUAUUAGUGUAUUUCUUAUUUAAGGUUUUAAUACCAGCUUCAAAAUACUCAUUUGGGCUUACGGUACCAAAAUGUGAACUACAUGCUAUACUGGUUUUAAAUAAUCUUGCACUGUGUUACAUAGUGUGCAUGCAAAUCCAUACAGCAAGAUUAGAUUGGACCAAAAAGUUGUGCUACCAGUUCAGGUUACAUGACUUUUAUGUGUGAGACCUUCUUCCUGCUGACAUCAACAAACACAGUUUUGAACUCCAUUGCCUUUUACUGCCGUAUCUGACCCGUAACUUCCUAAAAUGAAUUAUGCUGAUGCGCAGUCAUCUGACAAUUCUCCCAACUGAAAUUGACCCUUGAGUCAACAGUAUUAACUGAAAAAGAAACUUGGCAUGAAAAAUUAUCUGGAUCUCAAGUACAGCCAACUGUAGAUGAUAAGCAUCAAGCUUCCAAGUUACAUUUUCACUUCUAGUCUUGUCAAACUGAUUGAUAUUGAAUCAUCACUGGACCAAGAUGGUUAAAGCAUUGCUGCCACUGCCUUAAUUUAUCUCUUGGUGACCCCAAUAUAUGAAAAACAUGCCAUAUUUUUAUAUUUAUGAAGUUCAGAUGCAUGCAUGUUGUGAUAUAUGUUUAUUCUGAAUAAAUAUAUUUUUAUUCCUCUUGACAA